GAGACGGAGUUUCGCUCUUGUUACCCAGGCUGGAGUGCAAUGGCGCGAUCUUGGCUCACCGCAACCUCCGCCUCCUGGGUUCAGGCAAUUCUCCUGCCUCAGCCUCCCGAGUAGCUGGGAUUACAGGCACGCGCCACCAUGCCCAACUAAGUUUUUGUAUUUUUAGUAGAGACGGGGUUUCACCAAGUUGACCAGGAUGGUCUCGAUCUCUUGACCUCGUGAUCCACCUGCCUUAGCCUCCCAAAGUGCUGGGAUUACAGGUGUUAGCCACUGCGCCUGGCCCAAAUCAAGGACAUUCUAAGGUGAUGGAAGGUGGAUCAGCACAUUCACCAAAGCAACAGACUCCCAAAUUCAUUUGGCCUAAGAAUAACUUUGCCUGGACCCUUCCAAGGCUGGGGAUCUUGGCCUUGGGCUGCUGGCUUCCACCUGGAUGUGACAACCUUUUCUGGGAAAGUGACCCACAUCUUAGCACAUAGCAGGAGCCUCGGAAAUCCCCAUCGCCUGAAUGCCUGGCCACGAGCCACAGACACAUUCUGUCCCCUGGCAGCGAUAAAGGGGUAAGAUAAUCAAGCAGACAUUUCUCUCAAUUAAAUUUCUCCCUCAAAACAUAACACUGCAUUAAAUUACGACAUCAUAACCUAUGUGCCAAAUGGUGUUGGGGAAAGAGCAUGGCCAACAGCCAGCACAGGCUGCGGCGAGGCCGGUGAAGGGGCAGCGGGCAGUGUGGCCUGCUUCCCAGGUGCCUCAUGCCCUGUCUCCUGCUGAUGUGUCUCGUCUGGCCCCGCAGGAAAGUUUCCCAUGGGUUCCGAAUUGGAAAUCCACAUGUGCUGCCCCCCCACCUGUUUUCUUGGCAUUCUUCAGCCUUUGGUAAAUUACAGCUCCUUUCUGAGCCUCGGUUUCCUCCUCUAUAUAGCAGGGAGGUUGGCUCUCAACGUUGGUUGAACCUUUCAGUCACCUGGGGAGGGUUUUCAAAACCGUUACAAAAACGCUGGUGCCUGGGACCCAUUUUUUGAGAUUCUGAUUCAAUUAGCAGGUGGUGGUGGUGUGAUCAGAAACAGUCUUGAUCCAGCCCCCGAAAGAGGGUUCUUGGAUUUCACGCAGGAAGGAAUUCAAGGUCGGUCGCUGAGUGCAGUGAGAAGAGAUAUUUUAUUGAAAGCUACUCCCUUAAAGGGCAGGGCAUCCUCACAAGGCAAGUGGAGGAAUGCACCAUCUUUGUUUUUAGCUUUUCUUAUAUAGGGGCCUUCUCUAUGAAAGUCUAAAACUCAGUUGUGACUACAUGUGGAUGGGCUGACAGCUUGACAAAAUUCAUUAUUUUGUUGGUUAAAGAAAACUAUUCCUGGAAUCCUAUGAAACUGAGAAAAAAGAAAAAAAGAAAACUACCCCUUGCAAGGCCGAGGCGGGUGGAUCACGAGGUCAGGAGAUCGAAACCAUCCUGGCUAACACAGCAAAACCCCAUCUCUAAUAAAAAAAUACAAAAAAAUUAGCUGGACGUGGUGGCAUGUGCCUGUAAUCCCAGCUACUUGGGAGGCUGAGGCAGGAGAAUCCCUUGAACCUGGGAGGCGGAGGUUGCCGUGAGCCAAGAUCACACCAUUGCCUGGGUGACAGAGUGAGACUCUGCCUCAAAAAAAAUAAAUAAAGAAAAGUAUCCUUGCCGUUCAUUUAGUAUGUAAGUACAUCAAACAUAACAAUAAUUUUCCUGAAAGCAUAUAUUGCUAUGGGUGUCGACAAAAAGAAUCAAACUCUGUAAAAUAUUUGAAGAGAUUUAUUCUGAGCCACAUAUGAGUGACCACGGCCGGUGACCCAGCCCUCAGGAGGUCCUGAGAACAUGUGCCCAAGGUGGCCGGGAUGCAGCUUGGUUUUAUUUAGGGAGCCGCGAGGCAUCAAUCAAAUACAUUUGAGAAAUACAUUGGCUUGGUUCAGAAAGGUGGGACCAUUCAAAGGGGGACUUCCAGGCUAUAGGUAAAUUUAAACAUUUUCCAGUUGACAAUUGGUUGAGUUUGUCUGAAGACCUGGGAUCAAGGAAAAGGAAUGUUCGGGUUAAGAUAAAGGAUUGUGGAGACCAGGUUUUACUGUGCAGAGGAAGCUCUCACAUAGCAGACUUCAGAGAGAGAGAGAGAGCAGCUUGUAAAAUGUUUCUUAUCAGACCUAAAAGGGUGCCCGGCUCUUAUUUGAUUAUCUCCUGGAUCUGGAAAGAAAGGAAGGAAAACAAAGGGGUGAGGAGACCCUCGAUAGGAUGUGGGUUUUCCUCACAACAGGCAUGGCAACGAAAUAUAAUUUGGGGUUAAAUAGUUUUUCCCUGUCUCUUAAUGUUAUGCCAGCAUCAGACUAAAAAACAAGUCACGAUAAAACCCAUCCAAAGAGAAUUUAUGGUUUGUAGGGCAUGACUCUCUCAACCCAUGAUAUAUAGGUCAGAUAAAACCCAUCCAAAGAGAAUGUAUGGUUUGUAGGGCAUGACUCUCUCAACCCCUUAGGUAGGAAUCUGGGCAAGAUGAAAGGUCAGAGUUAGUCCUCAUGGGUCCUGGGACACCUGGGCUUUUGCGGCGGCAGAAGUUUUCCUUGCAGGCCAAUACUGAGCUGCUUCCUUAGCUGAGAACAUCGUAGGACCGUGGGAUAUUGGCAAGGAAUGUGCUCCGCUAGUUUUAAGGUGGAGCUGAUUUUAACAUUAUCUUACUCUGUCUCUUCUAGGCUCCUGCCUCCCUAACACUGGGGUGACCCAGAUAUCAUCUUGUUCAAAACUCCCCCAGCGAUUCCAGCGCAUGGCAGGGUUGAGUAUUUUGGGCGGGAUUUUGUCUCAGGCGCCGUCCGGGGCUAGGUCGCACAGUGUAAUCUGCAGUGGGCAAUGCUAGCCUCCUCAGACCCACCUGGUGUCUGCUCUGGAUGAUUUCAUGAAUGAAACAAGCGACAAACAUCAUGUAUAAAAAUAUUUCGUGACCCGGUGAGGUGGCUCACACCUGUAAUCCCAGCACUUUGGGAGACUGAGGCAGGCAGAUCACGAGGUCAGGAGUUAGAGACCAAUCUGGCCAAUAUAGUGAAAGCCUGUCUCAACUAAAAAUACAAAAAAUUAGCCGGGUAUGGUGGCGUGUGCCUGUGAUUCCAGCUACUCAGGAGGGUAAGGCAGGAGAAUCGCUUGAACCGGGGAGGUGGAGGUUGCAGUGAGCCAAGAUUGUGCCGUUGCACUCUAGCCUGGGAGACAGUGCAAGACUCCGUCUCUAAAAAGAAAAAAUUCAUAAUUUUUUCUUUCUUGUCGAUGUUUUUAAUAUUAUCAGCAUUAGUGCUCUCAUGAAUCUUGCAGUUUUGAAGAAACAGCAGCAUUUUUGAAGGGGUGCACUCUGCCUUGCUUUCUUACAGUAAAGGAUGGUUAAGCUCCUUCCAGCAGGAGGGGCUUCCUUCCUGGAAGCUUUGAAUGCUGUACCUUCUCUAUGUUCUGCUACUUGCCAGCCAUGCAACGCUGGGCAAGUUACUAAGCUCUCUGUGGCUCAGCGUCCUCACCAUACUGUUUAUCACACGGUACCCACCUCAUAGAGUUUGUUACUGGUGAAGCUAAAACUAGAGCAUCCGUAUAAAGUACUCAAAACAACGACACAUGGUACGUUCUCCAAAAUCGUUAUCUUGCAUUGUUAUUUUUGUUAGUAUUAUUCUAGAGAGAACUGUGGGUGUGGGUGAGGAUGGGGUGGGCAAGUACUGGCCAAUUGUUUUACCCGUUCCCGUUGAUCAGUUUCCGGAAGAACGUUAACACUGCUGUUUAUAUGUCAACAUUGUAUUGUCUGGGAGGAUUGGAAAUGCGAUUGACACAAUCGUUCAGUACUGACAGUGGAUAUUUGAGAACUGGACGGUGCCGUCAAAGAUCAGACAGUCCAGCACCGUGCAAGUCCAAACAUGAAUGCUUUCUGGCACUCCCAGCCUGCUUCCAACACGCGCGCAUCUGCAAGCAUGCGAAGUCGGCGCCCGCAGGUGUCCCCAGUCUGGUCUCGGAGCGCCCUCUUGUGGCCGCACGGAAAACGCGCCCCGGGCCGACUUGCCAGGCGAGGGGUUUGCCCAGCUCCGUCCGCGCGCGCGCGCGCGCCGCCCUUUAUUCCGGGGAAGUCAGAACCGGGUUCCCCAAAAGGGACACGGGCAUACUGACUCGGUGACCUGGGGGAUACUUGCCGGCGUGCGUGUGUGCAGAGCCGCCGCGGCUUCGGUGUCUUGUACGCCUGUGAAAGCGCCGGGUCCGUUCGGCGCGCACGCGCCGACGAGCGACGGGGCGGAGUCCGAGUCCCCCAGCCACCCGAUGGGGCUGCGAAGCGUUGGGGCGCCCCAGAUUGUCUUCCCGCGACCGUGGUCCUGCACAGUGACUCGUCCCGCGCCCUCCACGACUUCCAAGUGUCCCCUGCGACCUCCAGACGCCUCCGCAAGGAUCUCGGCGGCGGGCCUCCUGCUGCGAUAUGCAGCCACGUGGACGCACGGUUCAGGACCGCACUGGCAACCGGCACCCUGGGAAGACUGUGUUUUGUUUUCUUUGGGAGUUUAUCAAGAGUUGUUCAGCACUUUGGGAGUCUUUUCCCCUUGGCGAUGCUUAGCCUUGAUUUCAGGAUGUCAAACAGGGGCAAACAUUCAUCCUUCACUCAUUGCUCUCAAUGGAUUGGAUGGUGCCCGCCCUCACUGGGGAGGGGUCUGCUGUGUUGAGUCCACCAUUCCAAAUGCAAGUGUCAUCAAGAAACGCCCUCAGAGACACACCUGGGAACAGUAUGCCAUCAGGGGACCCUGUGGCUCACUCUGGUUGACAGCUAAAACUGGCCAUCACAGUUAGGAGAUGAUUUGUGGCAUCUGCUCUGCCUCACUUUUGAUCUGUGCCUCUCAUCAGGCCUCAGAGUCUUCACUGGGUAACCAGGGCCUGAAAGCCUUGCUGGACAUGUGGAUGCCCACCUCCCGCUCAGCCUUCUGAGGUGUGCUGCCUCUCCGGCAGGCAUCCACCCCUUCACUUGGCCUGGAGGAUGGUGGGCACCUUCCCAGGGUGGGGAGCGGCCAGAGCCCAAACUCUCAGUCCUCUGUGGGCAGCAGAACCCCUUGGCCACCACUCAGUGCAGAUGGCAGCUGUCUAGCCUGGCUCCUCAAGAACCUUCUCUGUAAUCUCCUUGCCCACUGGCUAUUCCCAGUGAUGGUGAACUCAUUCCCUCUCUCUGCAGCCCAAACUUCCCUGGGCAGCUUCCCUGGAACAUUCCCACUGGCCCUGGGCAAGUGGACACCCCUGUCCCCAAACAGCCCUUCAGAAAAGGAAGCAGUCUUCAUCCUCCUCAGGGAGUCCUCCCGUCCCUGGUCUGAACAUCGCCAGGAGUGACUUCUCAAAAGUAGUUUCUCACACAAGGCAGAGUCUUCUUCCACAAUCUCUGUGCCAUAGAAGCAGGGAUUGCGGGUCAUCUUGAAGGAGAUACCUUUUUGCAGGGCUGGGGCUCCAGGGCUGAGUCCCAUCAUAGCUGGGAGACCUUUUUCCUGGUGGUUUUCAUCCGUCACUGAAUCCAGGGAUCUUUUGAUAUUUUUCAUAGAACUCUGUGCCUGGCCUGCUCAUGUCCUUUGAUUUCAAUCCUGUCGAAUGGAUUAUUUCAGCAACAGCCUUCUUCACCAUGUUGCUGUCAUGGAAAUUCCAGAGACUAUGGAGUCAGCCUUCAGAGAGAUAUUUGCUGGUGAUGGACAUUCCUGUUAUUGGAUGGGGAGCGUUAAUACUCCUGCAAGACUGGAAAAGUGCCUGAGCCCUCUGAAGCAGAUGUACCACUAAUCUGGAAGGCCUGAUGUGCUCAGGGGUCUCUGGAGAUCUCACUUUAUGAGACGGGCCACCAAAGUGCUCACACACCACCUUUCCUCCUGCAGAAAUGAAAAUCCAGUCUUUAGAAUGACAGGCGAAUCAAAAGAAGAGACUGCUUGAUAACUUUGAGAGUUGGGGAAACUUCCUAAGCAAUACUUUUGGAAACACGCUCAGUGCAAAGAGAAAUCAGCACUGAGACAAAGGAUUUCUUAGCAAGGCAAUUUUUACUUCCCGUGGGAAGGGCACCUUUGCCAGCUGUCUUGUCAUGAGAGUACAACAAACGAAGGAAAAGCAGACAUAUUUAUCCUUUAUGCAUUUGGCGUUGUCCUUACUGCUGUGUCUGAUCUCCGUUGGUCGGCGCCAGACCCUCACAAUUUAACUGAAACCUGAUUGGCAAAUAACUUAAAACGUUUCUAAACAGGUAAAAGCAAUGGAGAACAAAAAGGAAGUCCAAAUAAGGAAGAGGCAUAGACUGCGAGCUGGGACAGGCCUGUGAGCACGUCCAGCACAGACAUCUUGUUUAAAGUACAAGGACACAGAAUGUACUACGUGCCUAUAAGCGUGUUUAACAGCUACAUAGGAUAGGGCUUAACAAAGAGUUAUUAGCAAAAAGCAAGCAGGCUUUGAAGAAAGUCUUUAAGGCAAACUAUUAUUUCUAACACUUAGGAAACUUUGAAGAAGAAAUUUUCUACUUACUACAAAUACUGACAUUUCUUUCCCAAGGGUGCUGGCUGAUCCUGGUGUACUUGGCAGAAAGAGAGCAGAACUGGACCCACCCCUCAGGAUUCUGGACGACCUAGCAUACCUGGAUGAACUGAGUGUUCAGGACAAUGGGAGUUUUUUCCCAGAAGUGCCUUGGAUUGGAAAUGAUGCAUUGGAAAGCAGUCUCCCUGGGAAGCUUCCCUCUGAUGUCUUCUUUGGGCCAGUCAAUGGCACUCAGGGGAAACCCAGUUCACAUGAGCUGGGCCAUGUUGAGGCCAGUUCUGCAAGGCUGCUCUUCCCGGAGCAGGGCCCAGUUGGAACAGCUCCAACCUUCUGCCAGACACCCCUCAACCAAGAAGCUGAGUAGUUUUCAUACCUGGAUUUCAGUUCUUCCUCGGACAAUCACGGAUUUGGGAAACUCACAUACUUCAGUGCAAAGGUCAAUUACAUCGCCUCUUUAAAGGAGAUGAAUUUUCUUCUUUUGCAGACUUUUUUGGAGGCUCUCCCUAGAGUCACCGAGGUGGUAAGCUUUUCCAGGGCCUUCUGCAUCCCCAUCCAAGUUCUUAUCCAUGUGAUUCUUUCUCAGGUGGCCUCCGAGGAUUCCCACAUAGGUGAAGUUGUCAUCAUCUCACUGCCACUCCGUGCAACAGCUGAAAGUGACUGCAGGGCCCUGCUUUGCUUAUAGCCAGCCCUGCUGAGGCUUUGCCACCCUCAGUAGCAUCAAGUGUCCUUGUAACCACUGAGCCCUGUGACCACGCUCUCAACCCCCACCUCUCCACAGCCAACAGUACUCAGCCUGCAGCCACACCUCAUCAACCUCCUGUAUGCGCUCCAGCCCUCAAUGACAGCAUUUCACAUCCCCAGGUCCUUUCAUGCCACCAUGACCCUCAGGCUGCAGCCCUCCUCUCACCUGCAGCCAUGUCCAGAAUGCCAGUCUCUGGGGUCUUCUUGCCACAGUUCCAGUGAAAUACAGACGGUCACCCGCUUGAGGGUUCAACUUACAAUUUUCAGACUUUAUGAUAGAUUUAUUGGUGUAUUAAAUGCAUUUUUGACUUACGUUUUGGACUAACAAUGAGUUGUUCAGGACGGAACCCCAUCAUAGGUUGAGGAGAGCCUGUAAACCUCCCUUUACCUGGACUUCGAGUUCCUCUCCAACAGGGAGCCCACAGCCACUGGGCACACUGAGCCCACCCAAGAAAGAAACGCCCAUUCACUGCAUGUCCUGGGGAGGUGCCCACAGCCAUAGCCUUUCUCCCUCCUUCCUGUGUAACCUUUCCAACAACAAAUUCCCGUGUUCUUUCACCUACCCCAGUUAUCAGCAGCCAGAAAACACCUGGGAGACGGCGUCACUGACCCUGUCAUUACGGUCAACCCACCUGCUGGGUUUGCUCUUGCACCUGCUCCCACACUCAGCUGCUCUGUGGUCUUCACCAGCUGUGCCCAUCAGCCAGGCACCAGAGGCCGGUCCGUGAGCCCCAGAGAUCAAGGAAGUGGCAGGGGAAAGGCAGCCCCAGAACAGAGUUCUUCCUACACAAGUAACCUCACCGAGUCCUCCCGUAGACGAAAUGGACACGUACCUCCUCCUGCCCACAGGAGGGGACAUAUAACUUCUCCAGAGAGGAGAGGGGACAUCUGGGUGAGACAUGGGGACUGAGUGGGGGAGGAUUUGUAUUCAAUGCUUGGACUGAUUUUAUUUUUGCUCUGAGAUAUGUAAGCUGCCAUUUUUUGGUGUGUGAUAUUGUUUUCACAUCUGUGCAGCUGGCACACUUGUGAAGUCUCCGGGAGUCUUAAAAACUGCAUCUAAAAGUUGGAAAUCGGCAUAUGCUAAUAAAAGGGAAGUCACAGCCCUCGGGCUUUUCUGGUAUUAUUAAACCCACUGCAUUCACCCACUAGCACCUCCCACAUCUAAAUUAAAAUAUAAGAAUGAACUCAAUACAUUUCACUAUCCUACCCCUACUCUUUCCAAAAUAGCACCCUAAACCAGGGAAAUAAAUAUGCCUUUGAAGCAGCCAAAAUGAAUUUCCAGAGCCUGAAAUGAAAGCUCAUGUAUUUGCUCCAAAGAACAUUCCUCCUUUCAGAAUCUGUUCACCUUCAUGAUAGACACAGGCUGUCAAGUCUGGCACCGAGAUUUCCAGGCUGUAGCAGAUGGAAGACAAACGCCAUCAACUGGAAGGAAGGUAGCCGUCCUGCUGGCAGAAGACUUGCUAACAACAAAGAAAGUGAUAGAAAAACGGCAAAAUCCGACACGAACUCCCAAAGAACAGCUGGGCCGUUUCAUGGAGGGUGCCUUGUAGCUUCAGAGGGCAGCAGCCUACUCCGGCACAGAAUCUAGGUCCCUGGGUUCUUACCCCACCAGCUGUGUGACCUGGGAAGCUUAUUCUCUUCUCUGAGCCUCAGAGUCCCCUGGGAUUUCACAGGAUAACGACCUGCCUUGUCUGCAGCUUGGAGCUGUUGCAAAGAUCCAG